AUGAAAUUACUAGUAGUUUUCCUUGCCAUUAUAGAAAAGAUUAUUGGCGAAUCUAAAUCAGAAAUAAUUACUACUGCAACUUCUCCUCUGCACUUAUCUAUUUCAACCAGCAGUAUUGCAUCUGCAGUACCAGUAGAAAUCACUCCUAUACCUGCUGAUGAUUUCAGCCCAAGACUUGAUGAAUUCCGGCGUAUUGAUGCAAAUGGAGAUCAGUACAUCACAUUUGCAGAAAUGAUUUUAGCUGAUAGGCCAUAUAUUGAAAGCAAAUCAAGAAUUUAUCAUAAGCAAGAUCUGAAUGGUAUUAUUUUAUCAAUUAUAAGUUAUAAAGACUACUUGAGUGACAGAAUAAAAUCAGCCCAUGCUGUACUUCUACCUGGUACUGUACUGUUUCAAGAGAUAAAGGAGUUUGGGUUACACAGGCCGGAUGGCUCAACUCAGGGAUUAUUAAAGGAAAUAGCUAAUUUCUGUAAUUAUGUUUCAUGUGAUGGUAUUGUGAGUAAAGAUGAAUUUAUUGCUUAUCAUCGCAAAAUACAAGAAGAGCGUCGAUCGAAAGAGCAACAGGCAGAAAAUUUUUUCAAGCAAUUGCAAUUUGGAUUUGGAUUUCCUCAAAAUUCAUUGUUUUCUUCAAAUGGUCGAUUGCUUCAAGGUGUGAUAUAA